UUAACGUCUACCGGUUCUACCCUCGGCUCAAUCCCCUCCCGAAAUAGAAUAUCAUCCCUGAUCCUGUCACCGGAUGCUCCCUUCGUCCCGGUUCAUUAUUUUAUCUUUUCGUUUUUUCUAUUUUCCCCCUUGCCCUUCCUCUUCCCUGUCCGUACAUAAAUUGAGGCGUCCCCCUCCCUCUCUUCCUCUAACCUGACCCAUACCGUUUUGAUUUGACCUCUCACGGGUUUUCUCGAGAAAACCUCUCUGUUCCACGGAAGAGAAUCUCAAGGGAUAAGCUUCGAUUCAUUCAAAUUCUCCUUCACACAGAUCGAAUCGUACAGGAGAGCAAAGCAAUCGCCUCCGCUAAUCGCUCUGUUUGGAUGCCAAGAAAAAAAAAGGUAUUUUUCCCAUUGGAAUUUCUCCUACUUGACGCGGAGAUUCUGAGAAUCUGCAAUUCCUUAUGGAAGUGAAGGUAGCCACCACGUCUCUCCAAUGGUCGGCGCGCCAUGCGGUAUUUCCACAAUGUCCGUCUUCCUCACAAACCCUAGCCUCCUCCAAAUGCCGCCGCCACUGCGGUGGAGGAGGCGGAGAUCUGACCACCGGAGGAUCUCUCGCAUGCCAUUAUCGGCCUCGGCCGAUGUUCAAUAACUCGGCUUUUCCCGGAAAUCAAUCUUCAAAACUCCAUAGGUCCAAGUCGUGCGACCUUUGGGAAUUUUCCAAAACCCCAACAACGAAGAAACAUAAUCCUAUACGGAGAGUCUGCAGUGCGACCUCCAAUUUCUACUCCGACGAAGAGUUCUCCAAGCAAAUCCAGGAAUUAGCCUUGAAAUUCAGGAUUGCAGGGGAUGAAGAGGACGAGAGGAAAAACAAACCAGAGAUAACCCACGGAUCGGCGGAUGACAAUGGUGAGAGUUACAGAUAUGGCACGGUGGAGCUGCUGCAGGAAUCUGUUUCAGGUUUACAUUCGAUGGAGCCGCCAUGGCCGGAGAUGGUGAACCACUCAAGCUUUUUGAGGAAAGCAAACAGCGUUGGUUUGCCGCAAUCCCUCAGAAUAAUUAGGAGGAAGCUACAAGAAGAAGGGCUAAGGGAAGCUAGUGAAUCUGCUUAUUGUUCUGUCAAUAGGGCUUUUUCAUCGAUGGUGUUCAUGAUCGAGGAGAUCAAUAGCUUUACUCUGCAGACGAGGGAAGCUGUCGUCUGUGAAGACUUGCAAGGAGUUCUCAGGCGCGUUCGAAAGGACAUGCAUGCUUCAUUCUUGUGGCUCUUUCAAUGUGUUUUCUCCGAUACGCCCACAUUGAUGGUGUAUGUGAUGCUCCUAUUGGCAAACUUCACGGUGCAUUCAAUGGGAUCGAACAGAGCUGAUGAGAGAGUAGAAGCAUCUCCACAUAUGCCGUCUUCAAGUAGAGAUGAGGAAUCAUGCGUGGGAGAAAGAGAAAUGGGAGUGUGGAAGUCAAUGGUGGAAGAAGCUGAGAGGAUGGGCGAGAGAAUAUAUGUGUCGGCGAUAGAAGCGAAGAUAGAAAUGGAUGGAUACGAAGAAUACGAGAGAACGGAGGAGAUGUAUGAAAAGGGGUUGGCAGAGGAGCCGGACAACCCUCUCCUGCUAGCCAACUACGCUCAGUUCCUCUACCUUGUCAGCGGGGACUAUGACAGGGCGGAAGAGUACUUCGAAAGGGCGACGGGAAGGGAGGGAGGAGGGGACGCAGAGGCGUACAACAAGUACGGGAACUUCAUGUGGAGAGGGAGAAAGGACGAAUGGGGGGCGGAAGAGAAGUUUCUGGAAGCAAUAUCGAUGGAGCCGACCAACCCUUUCUACGCCGCUAACUACGCCCACUUCCUGUGGAACACGGGCGCUGACGACACUUGUUUCCCCAUUUCUUGACGCCCACGUCAUCUUUCCUCACCUCUCGAUGUGGGUACUUUAGGGUUUGAUUUCAAUUGAGAGAGAGGUGGCCGGCCCUUCACCUCUCAACAUUACUACUGCUACGGCACCGCCCCCUCUCAUGUAAUAUGCGACUUACACAGUAUAGUACUUUUUUUAAAAAUAAAUGCCAAUUGCAUCUUACUUUUUUUUUUAUGGUGUUUGAAUAUUGUUUUAACUAUGAUCAACUGUAAUAGAAUGCCCCAUCUAAUUACUAAAGCUAUAAAUUCUUCGUA